GGCGGUAUCGUCCUGCCUCCUCGCGCCUAUCUGCCGCUGAGCAAGCUUUGCGCACACACGGAGCUCGCGCAUCUGGUCGUCAUCAGCAGCAGCAGCCCUUCCUGCUCAGAUGUGACUCAACCCGAGUGGGAACACAGUUUCUUCUGCUAAUCAGAGGACUUCUGGGAAAAAGAGACUGUUUCUCCUGCAGCAGGACACGCUGAUGUUUCUCUUGUUUUGCAGUUGACGCGCGCGGCUGGAUGGAUUGUCUGUAAAGGGUUUGAUCGGGAACAUCAGGCGAGGAGAAAACUUUGCUGAAGUUUGUUGGAGCCCUGCGCGGCUGAUCUGGAUGUGAGCAGACCUGAGAUCUGCUCGGAACAAACCGAGUCUCUCUCUGUGUGUUUCUGGAGAAUCUGCUCGGACGCUCUGCAUGCAAGGAUCUUCUUCUCGUUCUUUUUAAUAUCGCUGCGUUUGUUCGCUGUUCCCCUCUUGCGUCAUGACUUCUAGCUAUGCACAUGUAAUGGACAGGCAAGGCUCGCUAUCAAACCGGCUGGAGAGUCCGAUCACCUCUAACCUGGACAACCUGCAAGCCAAAAAGAACUUCUCGGUCAGCCACCUGCUGGAUCUGGAGGAGGCCGGGGAAAUGGUCGGCACCCAGGCUGACGAGAGCGUCGGGGAGGCGGGUAGGAGUAUGCUGGAGUCCCCGGGGAUGACCAGCGGGAGCGACACGACCCAGCAGGAGAAUGAGCAGAUGAACACGGAGGAGAAGAAGAAGAGGAAGCAGCGCAGGAACAGGACCACCUUCAACAGCAGCCAGCUGCAGGCUCUGGAGCGAGUGUUUGAGAGGACACACUACCCCGACGCCUUCGUGAGGGAGGACCUCGCCCGCCGGGUCAACCUCACAGAGGCCCGAGUCCAGGUUUGGUUCCAGAACAGGAGAGCUAAGUUUCGCAGGAACGAGCGCGCCAUGCUGGCCAGCAAAAACGCCUCGCUCCUCAAGUCCUACUCCGGAGACGUGACGGCGGUGGAGCAGCCGAUCGUACCGCGUCCGGCACCGCGCCCCAACGACUACCUGUCCUGGGGGAGCGCCGCCCCCUACAGUCCCAUCACUCCCCUCUGUCAGCAUGAGCAGGGCGGGCCCAGAUCCUGUGACCCUCCUGACGAGCUGGUAUCCGAUGCCGGAGGGGGGGCCAGUGCGAGUGCCACAGAAAAUGCUGCCCUCAGAGAACAACGCCAUGGCCACCUACCCGCCCACCUGCUCCAACACCAACACGUCCCAGGGCAUGAACAUGGCCAACAGCAUCGCCAACCUGCGGCUCAAAGCCAAGGAGUACAGCUUGAAUCAAGUGCCCACGGUCAACUAAGAGGAGAGGCCGGGGGCUGGUGCAGGAGAGGGGGGGGGCCUCUCUGCCGCUGGACCCCUGCAGACGGGCACCGUCUCUGGGUCGAGCAUCAUCUUACGUACCCUGGAUCCUGAAGCCUCCUCCCCUCCUGGGGCAGCGAUACUACACCUAUAUGCAAAUUGUCGGACCCCGAGUGAUGUCCGGAUUUUCCCUAAGCCGCCUUUUUUUUAUCCUCCUGGGCAUCGCUGAACUCUCGUUUGUACAAAGAGACACAUAGACUGGAAGCUGUAGCCAAAUAUCUGCCUAGUUUUACCUUUGUGAUUGUGACUGAAAUGGAAGGAGAGUUUUUCAACGUUUUCUUUUUCAAUCGAAGAACUUGUUCUCGACGGAGACUCGUGUUUGGACUACGUGGAAUUCCCUUUGACCCAUUGGCUGUGGUUUGGAUAAAUGACACCAAAUUUGGGAUCAACAACCCUUUUUUCCCCCUCUUUUAAAAUCAUCAAUGCACCGACAAGGACUUCCUCUGACAUUUAUGCAAUUAAAAAAAAAAAGUUUUGUUUUUCCACAUUUUCUCUGCCAUGCUAUACCACUGCCGAGCAAACAUUUUCAACGCAUUUUCAUUUUCGUGUAAUGGUCCAAUAUAAAGGAGAGGCUAAUGUAUUUCUGAAUCCAAAACCUUCUCUAAAUUUCCUAUGAUAACCUUUAUUUGUAACAGAAUAAAAACGUGUAUAUUAAUAAAAAAUGCAUUUCAAGCAAUGCAAUGGCACAGUG